AUGGGUAGCCCGAUGUCACGACCCCCUCUCAGCACUCUGAAGUCAGCCAAUGACAAGCCGACCGAUGUUCGAAGAUGCUACAAGUGCAAGUUCGUCAUUGAUGGUCAUCACGGACGAGGACAUUGCACCAAGUCGAAGGUCAAGCUCACUCUGAAGCCUAAUACCAAUUAUGUUUUUUUUAGAAGGCUCGCCCUGUUCCAUAUGCCGCUGUUUAGAAGACUUCGAUGGAAAUCGAUCGCCUUGUAUCCACAGCAAUGUAUCAAAGCUCUUAUUGUCGGAUCAGAUGGAACUGCCGCUCACCUCGACGACAUGCUGGUCACUGGUAGAACCAUCGACGAACACAACACUCGACUAGACACUGUGAUCCAGCGAAUCCACGACAACGGAUUCCGUGUUCGUCUCGAGAAACUGAAGACCGAUCUUGAACCACUCGUUGCUCUUUUUGAAAGCAAGAAAGAAACACCUGUCUACAGUGCCAGCCGUCUUCAGCGAUGGGCCACAAUGCUACUCUACUACAAACUUCGCAAUCGAGUAUGUCAACACAAAGGAUUUUGGACAAGUGGAGGCUCUCUCACGUCUCAUAGCGUCGCACUAAUCAACGCCGGAGGACUACGUCAUCGCCAACGUAGAUGUCGAUGUAACCGCAGAACUUAUCGAGAACUGUCGUCACCUUCCGGUCUUUGCCAAAACAAUCCGGACUGCUACAAGAGCCAUGUCAUAAAGAAAAUCAUCGACUACAUCAGGGCUGGAAAUGGGCCCACAUUCAAUCGCAACUCUCCUUUCUGGCACUACUACAAGCACUGAGAUACUCUGACGACUGUCGACGGUUGCCUACUCACUGCAUCUCGCAUAGUGAUACCAGGAUCACUACAGCGCCGUGCACUUACGACACUACAUAAGGCUCAUCCCGGACAGACAAGGAUGAAGAUUUCAGCACGAGGCUACGUCAAUUGGCCAACACUGCACACCGACAUCGAAGAACUUGUCGGGAAUUGUAAACAGUUCAGUGGCGAAGUAUCCCGUCAAAGUCGAACCAUAUUCCUGGCCAAAAUCAAUUCUCCAUGGAACUGCGUGCACGUUGACUUUGCAGGACCCGCGAAUGGACGAUUUUACCUGAUACUCGUGGAUGCAUAUUCCAAAUGGCCUGAAAUCGUCCAGAUGUCAUCGAUAUCUUCCACGUAUACUAUCCAAGUAUUGAAGGACAUUUUCUCGAGGUUUGGGAAUCCUACAACUCUUGUCACAAGCAACGGGACACAGAAAUCUUCAUAG